CCCAAGAGCUGGAGACGGAGCGGCAGCGCAGAGAAGCGUCCGCCGCCGCCUCCGGAGCGACCCAGAGCCCGUAAACUACACCGGCGCCGUUCCGUUCCAGGUGGUGUGUGGGGGGUGACCCCGCUGUCAGAAGAACCUUGGACGGUUUCUCGGUAACCGUCACCCACAGUUACUGCUUGCCCUCCUCCGCCCUCCCCAAGACCAUGGAGGUGGCGGGAGGAGGAGGCAGCAGCAGCCAGCGGGGGGGUGACGGAGCAGCAGGAGGUGGGGGGGGAGGAGGAGGAGGAGGAGGCGCGGAGGAGGAGGAGGAGACGACGGGCCCGGGCUGCGUGUCGACCUCCGAGGGCCUGGAGGAAGGCGAGGUGGAGGGGGAGACGCUGCUGAUCGUGGAGGCCGAGGAGCAGGAGCACGACCAGGCCUCGCUCGACCUGUCGCACGACCAGAGCGGCGACUCGCUCAACAGCGAGGACGCCGCCGAGGACGCCGAGACCAGUGGUGGCGGCGGCACCGGGGGCGGCGGCAGCGGCAGCGGCGGGAACAGCUGGAGCGACGACACCACCGCCUUCCACUGCGAGAAGUGCCACAAGUGGAUACCAUCCGGGCAGUUGCGAGGGGAGCAGCCCAGCUACCUGAAGGGGGACAACUUCUUCAAGUUCACCUGCUCCGACUGCGCCGAGGACGGCAAGGAGAGCUUCGAGAGGAUGAGGCUCACCUGGCAGCAGGUGGUGAUGUUGGCCAUGUAUAACCUUUCCCUGGAAGGUACGGGCCGUCAGGGCUACUUCAGGUGGAAGGAGGACAUCUGCGCUUUCAUUGGACGGCACUGGAACUUCCUGCUCGGCUCCAGGAAGAAGACCUCUACCUGGUGGAGUACGGUGGCUGGCUGCCUGUCAGUGGGCAGUCCCACGUUCUUCCGUUCCGGUGCGCAGGAGUUUGGAGAACCGGGCUGGUGGAAGCUGGUGCAGAACCGUCCUCCAACUCUACGCCCCGAUGGAGACAAGACCUCUGUGGCCGCCCUCAAAGCCAAAGCCCCCAGUAAGCCUGCUCUGGACCCCACCAUCACGGUGGAGGGUCUGCGUAAGCGCGGUGCUCGUAACCCCGUGGAGAGCGCCAUGCAGCUCAAGGAGAAGCGCUCGCGCACGCAGGAGGCCAAGGACAUCCGCCGCGCACAGAAAGAAGCGGCCUCGGGCAGUUCCUCGGCCGGUUACGGCGAGCGCGGCGGCCUGAUGGUCUCCGGGGGAUACGGCAGCGGCGGCAGCAGCAGCACCUCGUCCACGCCCGUCAAGAUGUCCUCCUCGUCGUCGGGGGCGACGGGCGCGGCAUCAGGGCGGGGCGGUCGCCGUGGCGGCGGCGGCGGCGGAGGAGGAGGAGGAGGAGGAGGAGGAGGUCUCGGCGGCGGCGGACUCGGCGUGGGCGAGCUGGUGCUGGAGAAGGGCGAGGUGAUCGACUUCUCGUCCAUGAGCUCGUCGGACCGCACGCCGCUCACCAGCCCGUCGCCGUCGCCCUCGCCGGACUUCUCCGCCCCGGGGACGCCCGCCUCGCACUCGGCCACGCCCUCCCUGCUGUCCGAGGCCGACCUCAUCCCCGACGCCAUGCCCCCGCAGGCCCUGUUCCACGAUGACGAGGAGCUGGACGGCGAGGGCAUGAUCGACCCGGGCAUGGAGUCCAUCCCGCCGCCCUCCUCCGCCUCGUCCUCCGGCGCCGCCCUGCUGGUGCGCAAGAAGCUGCUGCGGCCGGCCGAGCUCAUCAAGCAGGAGGCCGAGAGCGACGACGACGACGACGACGACGAGGAAGGCCAUCAUCACCACCUUCAUCAUCAUCACCAUCAUCACCAUCACCACCUCCUUCAGCAGCAGCAGCAGCAGCAUCGCGCGCGUCUCCGCGGCAACUACCACCAUCGCGGCGGCAUGGACCACCACCACCAGCACCAGCACCAUCAGCAUCAGCACCAUCUCCACGACGACCACCCGGGCAGGGCCGACAGGAAGAAAGGGCUCGGCGCGGUGACCAAAGGCGACCCGGACGGCAGCGGCGGCGGCGGAAUGACCGGUCCCGACGUCGCCGGAACGCCGCUGUCCUCCUCCUCCUCGUCCGGCGGCCCGCUGCCCGGCAACGGCGGCGGAGGUCCCGGCGGCGGCGGCGGCGUUGCCGGUGGCGACGCUUCCUCGUCCUCCGCGUCCCGCGCCGCUGCUAACGCCGCUGCCGCCGCCGCCGCCCCUCGGCUGGCCUUCCUGGGCCUGUACGAGGAGCGCGCGUUGCUACGGCGACUGGAGGCGUGCCCGCAGGCGCUGGCGGUGACGGCGGAGGCGCGGCGGCUGCGGCGGAAGCUGCUGGUGCGGCAGGCGCAGCGCGAGAGAGGGCGCCCCCUGCUGGACCUGGACCAGGCCGUCAGCGCCGCGCUCAGCCUCGUGGGAGGAGUCUACGGGGGCGUGGCCACCGGCGGAGGAGGAGGAGGAGGAGCAGGAGGAGCAGGAGGAGGACCGGAGCGGACGGGAGCGAUAACGAUGACGAAGUACCGGACCAACAGCCAGGACACGCGCAUCCUCGACAGAUUCCAGACGGCGGCGUCGAGCAGGAAGGGGUUCCAGCAUCACUCGGUCUCUUUCUGGCACAGACUCAUGGGCUCUGACAUCAGCGCCCUCGAGCAGGGCAUCAAGAGCCCCUACACGUCACGCGUGCUCAAACCCUUCAUCAGGCGGGACUAUGAGACUCGUCCGCUGAAGCUGAAGCUGCUGGCCGAGAUCAGAGCGCACGGGCAUCGCCAGGACGACGGCUGGAGCCCCGGGCCGGACGCCCCCAUCGACUACUGCUACGUGCGGCCCAACCACAUCCCCUCCGUCAACGCCAUGUGCCACGACAUGUUCUGGCCAGGAGUGGACCUGUCGGAGUGCCUGCAGUACCCGGACUUCAGCGUGGUGGUGCUGUACAAGAAGGUGGUGAUCGGGUUCGGCUUCAUGGUGCCGGACGUCAAGUACAACGAGGCGUACAUCUCCUUCCUGCUCGUGCACCCCGAGUGGAGGCGCGCCGGCAUCGCCACCUUCAUGAUCUACCACCUCAUACAGACGUGCAUGGGUAAGGACGUGACGCUGCACGUGUCUGCCAGUAACCCGGCCAUGCUGCUGUACCAGAAGCUGGGCUUCAAGACGGAGGAGUACAUCCUGGACUUCUACGACAAGUACUACCCCGUCGACAGCAAGGAGUGCCGGCACGCCUUCUUCCUCCGACUACGCCGCUGAGACACACACACACACACCGGGGGGGGAGAGAGAGAGAGAGACACACACACACACACACACAAAUUAUACUCACAUUCACACACACAUAACACGACACAUGCACCGCAGACACACACGCAUAUGUAAAUGGCGCACACACACACACAGACAAAGCAUAGAGGGAAGCAGGAACAUCAUCACAGACAAAAUGACCUCAACAACAACCAAGCAACAACAACAACUACAGCCCUCAGAAGCUCUGUGUGAAGGUGUAAGCCCAAACAUGCGCGCAGACACACACACACACACACACACACACACACGCACACUUUCCCCUUCUCUCCGCGGCUGCCGUUCCCGGUCCUGUCGGAGGGCGGGUGCUUGCCUUAGUGGAGCAUCUCCAGACAUCUGGUCAGGCUGCUCCAGUCUGAUUGGUGCUCGCUUCCGUCAGUCAUAACCGGCGAUGGCCAUCUCGGCGACGAGAUGCUCGCCGUAAGAUGGCCGAUCGCAAGAGAACGCGGUCCGCUCGCUCCAGCUGCGUUUAUUUUAUUUCACAAUAAAAUGUGCCGGUGUGUUCCAUCCCUGAACAUUCACGGGGCGGCUGAACGUCACGUAGUGCAAACCGCGUAGACCCGAUACGUAUGGAUUUCUCGACUGGCCGUUUAUCUAUGUUUGCCCGUGGUUGUAAUGUAUGUGAGUGCGUAUGUGUGUGUGUGUGUGUGUGUGUGUGUGUGUGUUUGAUAGCUGUUACAUAAUGAAGUCAUUGGUUUUCACCGUAUCUUAGGAGCGAUGAACAGCAGCAGCAGUGUCUAAGGGAAAGCUUAAUGUUUCUCAGUAGGUUUCAAGAGUAGUUAGAAUGAGUCACUUACUUUGGGGUGUGUGUGUGUGUGUGUGUGUAUGGAUGUUGAUGUGUAGAAAUGUCUUGGAUUUUGUACUUAAAAAAAAAAAAAGGCUGGCGUUUCAGUUUUGAAGAAAACCUACAAAGUAUUUUUGUUAUGCUUUUUUUUUGCCCCCUUUUGUUUUCUAAAUGAUCCAACACUUCAGUUUCUGUAUGAUACAUUUCUGUAUUAAAACACCCCAAAUCAACUCACAGCA